AUGGUUAGAGCUGUGUUCCAGUGUGAUGGCAGGGCAACAUGUUAUCACAGCAAUGGACACAUAUGGAUACACUUAAACAGAUCAGGUGGUCAAUGUUUUGAUGAGGUGGGUACGAGGAUUCGUCGGUGGUGCUGGAGCAAUCAGAGUUUAACCCGCACCCCUCUGCAACCCGUCUUCCUGUCCCUCAACAAAACUGUUGGUGUCCGAAUCCUAGAAAAGGAACGAGUGUUUCUCUCUUUCCUGGCAGGGGGCCAACAGGCAAAGUUCAGUGUGGGUGCUUGUUGUCCUCAGGGUGAGUCUAAAACAGCUCAGCCUGCUUCAGGACCAUCGGUUUUAAAGGAGGAGCUGUUUCUGUUGGUAGCCAGGACCAGGAUCCAGCUGACUAUUCAGACUCUUCACCGGUGCCUGAUGACACCUUCCAAUCCCCGGCCGCUUAACAUUGCACAAGCCCCUCACCUCCGUGUUGUUGCCCAACGGCUUCUGGAAGUCAGUACUCAUGUGGUGAUGAGUGACACUGAAAGAGCAUUUAUCCAAAAGUGCCUUUCUUUUUGAUGUACACUGAUAAAGAAGAUAUAAAGCAAUCAUCUCUUUGUUACCACAUGUGAAAGUGCAAACGUUGCAAGGUUAAUAUUUUCCUCAUCAAAAUUCUCCACCCCAAGUCUGGAUCACUGUUUGCUCUUUCAGCUCCUACAGCAGUUUGUAUGUGCCAAAUUGCAUUUAGUUACAAUUAGAGCUCUCGAAGGAUUGUGUCCUUAUUCAGUGUCAGGAAUAUCCCACAUUCAACAAGGUGCUGCAGCACUGUACCCUGACUGUGUCUUGGUCUUACUUCAUACUCAUGUCUAAUCUGUUUUGCCUCAUCUAAUUGAAUCACUGUAGAGGCUCAAGUCUUCCUAAUAACAUUAGGUUGAACAGAUGGCUGACUUGAACAACCAGCAUACAUCUGCUUUGAACUCCAAGCCAUUCAGCAGAUUCUCUAGUAUUCCUCUCAGGUUUACUUUGAUAAAAUAUUUAACUAAAGUGACAAACUGAUGAGCACUGUCAAAUUAUCUUCUUCAUUGCAGUCUUCUAAAAUGAUUUUCUCACAUGUAGGAUAUGAUU